ACCGAAUUCAGCAGGAGUUGUACCGCUUCCCUCAAUGUUUAUCGUGCUCAGUUGUUGUGUAUCUUUCGUAGAGUGACAGUAUCGGUGUUGCGAACUGCGUAUAAAGAUGCCGAUAGGAACGUGAAACCAAAGCCAAUACAAAACAAACAAUCUAUUCAAUGAAGCAUCAUAAGUGAAACUUCAGUCUAAUCUACUUUUAACGGUUUUCUUAAUUAAUUAAUUUAAAACCUAUUUAUGUAUUUAUAAUAACCUAAUUUAUUUAUUUAUUUAACUUAUUAAAACUUUCAAACGAAACAAAAAUCCUUACUUUGUAAUUUCGUCACCUGUUCGAGUCAAAAAAAAAUUAAGCCAACCUUCUAAAUCACCUAAUUUAUUUUCAAAAAAGUCAUUAAAUUUAAAACGAAACCAAGCGAUUGUUUAACAGUUCUGAGAAGAAAAAACUAAAACUAAAGCCACACAAAACGCAUAACCAAACUAAACAAACGACAGAAAAGUACAAAUUAAGCACUAAAAGAGUAAAUUACAAAACGCAUACAAAACGGAGUGUGAGUAGCCGAAAAAGAAGAAAAAAAACCCAGCAGUUGUGGUCUGGUCGCAACAGCCGAGCGUGUAAACUCUACCAAAAAUAAUAUUUAGAGUAAUCCAAAACACACAAACGAGGAGGCAGCAGCGUACGAAGAGAAGUGAGGUGCUGACAAUAAGUUGUUCCCGAUAUUGAGCCUGUUAGAAUACGUAAACCGAAGGCACAAAUUUGCUCUUGCCAGCAACAGCAGCAGCAGUAUUAUUUUGUUCACUCAUACACAAGUUGUCCGUGAAAGAGAGUAGAAAUCAACAAACAACAAAACACACAAAACGUACAAGUACAAACAAAGCCAGCUAAACAAAUCAGUAAUAAGCAACAGUAAUAGCAAACAAACAAAACAAAACAAAAGUAAUAGUCUAAAGCCACAAAUUGUGAAAGUGUUCAAAUCUUGAUCUUUAAUGAAAAUGUUACCUUUACCGAGAAAGUUGUGCGAGCAACUGAGUUACUUUUAAUACGAGAGUGAAAACAAACUAUUUACCUGAACACAAACAACAAAAAAGCAGAACAAUUAGAUCACACCGAGAAGAAAUAGUGUAAAAUAUACCAAAUCAAACAGAAGAUUACAACAGUUCUUUUAGUGAAAAAAGUGUUUAUUGACAAAAAAUAUCUACCUCUGACGAAGAAAGUUUCGCAAAAAAAACAAGUGAGCUUUGAAAGUUCAAAAAAAUAAAUUAAACCAGUGUUUAGCUUCGUACUUUUGUUCGGUUCCACUUUGGAAAAAAUAAUUUCGGUUUCUCUAGUCGUGAACGUACUUUGAGUGAACUCUCCCGGUGCGUGUGUCCCGUGUGAAGGUAGCGUCCGUUGAACGGGCUAUGAUUUUGUGUGUUAGUAAGAUACCAGAGACUAAGAUGUAGUAUGACAUCAAUGAUGAGUGUUACAACAGCGGAGGAUACUACCGACCAUAGUUUACCUUCGUUCGCCUCAUUUACCGCCGAGCUGGAGCCCUCAUGGGAUUACUACGAUCGUCAGGAGCGCUCGAACGGUUCUACCAACGGGGGUGAUGUGAUAUCGUCCCAGACAAGCAAUAGUAGUUAUACCAGACCCUGGGAGAUGGACUCCAAGGAUCAACGUGCGGUGAUCCCGAAUGGGGGUGGUGGCGGCGGCGGCGGAUUUGAGCCCUUCCCGAAGCUACCAUCGUUCCAGAGUCAGUUUCAUGGGUACAAUGAUACGGCGAUGGGUGCUCCAGAACCCAGUUUACCUCAAGUCACAGCGGUCCCGGUGCCGAUAUCACCGAGUUCAGCAUCACCCGGUACGGGUGGAUCACUGACACAGCUCACGCAGUUGACGCCAACUCCACUGACGCCACUGCAAAGUGGGCUGGGAUCUAUCGGAGGCUCACACAGCUUCCACACACUGAGUGCUGUUAAUCCACGUCCGUACCCUAUCGUACCUGCGCCCAUUCAGGCUCGUGACAUCCCGACCAUGAAUCAGCAGUACAUAGACGAACGCCACAUCCAGCUGUAUCAGCCGAUCUCGAGCUUUCAGCCACAAACAAUUCCCACCGUGACGGUCAUCAAAAAUGAGGUUGUUGACUUCGAUCUGUCCUCCAUCAAGAAUGGAACGCUCCAUCACAGCAACUUCCACAGUCCGUUAAUAGAUAAUAAUAUGUUCUCCCAAAGUGGGCUGACGCAUCAUCAUACAAUACAGUCACAACAACAGCAGCAACAACAACACCAACCUCAUCACCAAACCCAUCACCAUCUGCACCAGCCCCAGCAGAACCUGGUGACACCGUCAGUCCAGGAGCACCACAUCACCAACCACACCAAGCUGACCAGUUCGACGACGAACCUGGACAGCAGUACCCAAUCGGCGCAGAUAACUCGGAUCGCCGACAAUCGGAAAAAAGAGCGGCGGAAAAUGCGGGCCCCCUCGCUCGAGUCCAGUGCCGAGUCCGAGGGUAGUGCAAUGGAAAUUGGCGACAGUGGCAAUCCGGGACAGGUCGCGGCCAUCUCGAGUACGGCCAAUUUCAAGAGUCCCAUGCACACCAUGAGCAUGGACACGGACGACGGCGGCAUCCCAGGCGAAAAGCAGACGAAGAAAAAGCGCAAACGUUGUGGCGAAUGCGUUGGAUGUUCGCGCAAGGACAACUGUGGCGAUUGUGCUCCAUGUCGGAACGACAAGAGCCACCAGAUCUGCAAAACCCGGCGCUGCGAGAAACUGACGGAAAAGAAGAUUCUGUACGGCCCCGAUGGACAACUGCUGAAACCGGAAUCGCGACGCGGUCGCGGCAAGGGACGUUCCUCGAAAGCGGCAGCCCAAGCCGCUGCCGCCACGACGCCAGGCAACAACGGAGGUGCUACCACCGAUGCCAACGGAACGGUCGUGACGUACGACGCCAAUGGACAACCUGUGCGCGAUGGGAAGCGUGGCCGUGGACGAGGACGCGGUGGCGGGAGUGGACGCGGUCGAAAGGCGUUGAACCUUGGUGCCACACCGAAGAAUCUGCCCCAGAACUCAUCAGGCAGUCCGGCGCCGGCAUCUUUGCCACACCCAUCACCCAACACUACUACCGGUGCUGCCGGAACGCCAAAUGUGGUGCAAUCGAGCCAGCUAGUGACCGUCUCGGGCGCCCAGACCGGAAUCAACAGCACGCUGCUCGGCAACCCAAGCCAGCCCCAGCAAGCCCAACAGCAGCAGCAAUCGCUGCAGCAGCAGGUCGCUCAAACCAUACCGACUAAUCAGGGCCUGCAGCAGCAUCAGCAGCAUCAACCACAGCAGCAACAGCCCCCACAAACACCCCAGCAAGUGCCAACCGGUGUUAUUAAGGCUGAAACAAUGAAGGAUCAACCACAGCAACCGAUGGCACCAAUGGCAUUCUACCCGACUUGGCAAGCCGAUCCUUCCCAGGGUUGGCAGAAUCAGUUUAUCCAGCAGAUCCCACAAAACACUCCCGCCAUCACGCCGCUGAACUCGCUCGAAUUCCAGCCACAGGGCUACGCCGCAUACCAGCCAAACGGUUACGUCCAAACGGCCGGCAUCGGUUUCGAUCCCAACUAUGGUCGGACAUACGCAGCACCACCCGCAGUGCAGCGAUAUGAGUUCCAAACCAAUCAGAUCACACCGAUCAACCAGGUGUCACUGCAGAGUGUUUCCUUCGCACCAACUGUUACCUACGCUGGGCAGGUUUCGACCGGACCCGCCGUAGUGUCACACAACCCGCACGAUCAGUUCAAUCUCCAGCUGAAGCAGCAGACGUCGGGAAACGACAUGCCUGGAUAUCCACGGGUGAACAGCGUACCGCCGCGCUCACUCAAUUGUAAUGGAUAUUCAGGCCAACAAGAAUAUGGCGGACAAACAACCACCCAGGCCAGCUCGGCAACGACUAAUGUGACCAACGCGAAUGGAACUUCGAGCAGUACCGGCACAAGUGGCGCCGGUAGUGGCUCUUCCAUGUACCCACCAGCACAGGUCCCACAGUCGCCGAAUCGUCAAUCCCAGCAGCAGCAACCUCCACGUCCUAACUCCAACCAACAGUUGUACGCACAGCAAUCUCCCAAUCCGUACAACAGCAAUGGAAACAAUAACUUGCAGCAGUCACCGAAUCACAACAAUGGUGCCAACAGCGCAAACAAUAACAACGUUUAUGCGCAGCAAACACAUAGUGGCAUGCACACGCCAUCACCCAUGCAAACGCCAGACAAUCAUCAGUCCCCGAAUCACAUCAACCACAAUGGUGGCCAUCAACAGCAGCAGCAACAGCAAUCCCAAGGUGACUGGGGUGGCUGGAAUCAACAGCAGCAGCAGUCGGCCGAUCUUUUUAACCAAUCGGAUCGGGUGAACUUAAAUUCGCGAAUAAAAACGAUGAUCAUGAACAAAAACGACCCGAAGGAUGUGAUCGGUGGUGGUGUUCUUCAGUCGGCGGGUCAACACAUGACCCAUCUAGGUGUCCAAAGCCCAGUGCUUGGACAGGGACCGGCUCAGCAACAAACCGGUCAUUUUUUAUCGUAUAGCCACCAUCUCCGAGACAGCCUAACGCCUACAACACUGGCGGCUGGCAGCGGCAGUAAUACUGCCUCCGGCCAGUCCCCGGUACCGAACUCAGCAAUGAUGGGUGGCGGUGCAGGCAGCGGCAGCAACAGUAGUUCCAACGAUGGUACUAUCGGAGAUGGUGGCGGUUUAAUCAACAGUAUUAGCAAUAUUGUUGAUCCCAACUGGAAGCAGAGCAGCAAAUCGCCCGGGUUAGGAGGAAUAGACAGCAACAAUGGAGGAGGAGCAGCAAUAGCAGGAGGCAGCAGAGCAGCAGAGCACGAACAUCAUACGCUAAUGGGUGACAUUCAUCACGGUAGUAAGCAUCAGGGUUUUGAGCAGAAGCAGCAACUAAUCGACAAGAAUAAUACCGAUCCAGGAGGUGGUAGACAGCAUCACGACACUGGCGGCGGCGGCGGCGGACAUGACAUUAAGCAUAAACUUAAUUCCUCCAAAUCGUCGUCUUCAUCAUCGUCCUCCUCGAAAUCCAAGAACAGUAGUAGUCAUAAGAAUAGCGAUAAGCAUAGCAAAUCGAAAAACAAUCAUCAUCUCGACAUGAAUCAACAAAUAGACUCUAACAAAUCUUCCAAUAAUCUUAAUUCGAGCUAUUCAAGCAGUAGUUUUAUGAGCGAACACCAUUCGUCGUCAUCUUCUUCGUCGCCCUAUCCGAAUCUUAAUCAAACAUAUCUGGCAACCAAUCAUAACAACAGUAGCAGUAGUAGUAGUGGUGGUAGUAACGCAUCGUCCCUAGCCCUCGGUGGCGGCUAUCCGAGCCACCUGGACAGCAAGCUGGACGACAAAAGUCCUCUGAAUCGAUUCCGGCAUGAUAACCUCAACAGCGGGUUCAAUCCACAUCUUCCCCACUCGCAGCAGACAUCUCACGUUCACGGGGGUGGCGCAUUCCACCAUCCACAAACGGCCGGCAGUGGCGCCUCGUCAGCCUACAAUCUAAUGAACGUCAAAAAAGAGCCGGGUUUGCUGGACGAGAGCCAACCCCCCAAAUUCGAUGGGUACGAGAAGAACUACCAAAACUUUAUCCGUUACGGGGAUUAUAACGAGAGCAGUCAGCCCACGCAGGUCCAACCACCUCAGCAUGGCAGCUCCGUUGGUGGCGGCACGAAAAGCGAAUACAACAGCUACUACUCUCCCUACGGCGGCUAUCCAGGGUACCAGAACUAUCCCAACUAUCACAAUCAAAACUUCGGCAACACUUCGGCCAGCGGCACGCUUCCGCUGACUCCCGAGGCGAACACACCUCUGCCGGCAAUCACCACGCCCGUAGCGCACCAAACCAACUUCGAGCAGCAAAUUCCCGCUCACACCUACCCAAUCCCCAAGAAUAACAAUCUCUCCCAAGCGGCAGAUGUUCCUAUCAAGCUGGAAACCGAGGACAAUUCCUAUCUCAACAAUCCAGCGUCGUUGGACGAAGCCCCCACAGACAACAACGUCCCGGUGACAGCUGUGAACAACAUCGCCGGAGGCUCGGAGAAUACUUCCGAGUCGGAGGCUCCUCCUCCUGCCCAGACCCCAGCAAGUACCCCGACUACGGGCGGCGGCGGCAGCAGCAAGUCCAAAAAAUCCGACAAAAAGGACAAAUCCAACAAAGACUCACCGGCACAGGGCGAAGUGAAAACUGAAGGCGGAGCAGGUAGCGGUGGUACUGGUGGUGGUGCCAGCAAGUCCAGCAGCAAAAAGAAGGAACCCAGCAAGAAAAAGGAACUGGAAGCGGCCGCGAUGAAGCAAGCCGAGGAUGAAAAACUUGAAAAAGCCCACAAACCAGAGGCACCGGACUGUGAUUGUUUCAACUCGACCGACAAUAAGCCCCCGUCCGAGCCGGGCAGUUACUACACCCAUCUAGGAAACGCUACCACGCUGGAGGAGCUUCGUCGCGAGACGGAGAACCGCGUCGGGCUCAGCGGCAAGCAAUUGCGAAUCGAAAAGGUUGUGUACACCGGCAAGGAGGGCAAAUCCAGCCAGGGAUGCCCGAUCGCCAAGUGGGUCAUCCGACGGGUUGACCCGGAGGAGAAGCUGCUGUUCAUCGUCAAGCGAAGACAGGGGCAUCGAUGUAAAGCGUCCUUCAUUGUGAUAUGCAUCGUCGUCUGGGAUGGUAUUCCAACGCAGGAAGCGGACAGCGUCUAUCGGAUGCUGGCGGUGAAGCUGAACAAAUACGGUCUUCCAACGGUGCGUCGCUGUGCGACGAACGAGAACAGAACAUGCGCCUGUCAAGGUCUCGACCCCGAAACGUGUGGCGUCUCGUACAGUUUUGGCUGCAGCUGGUCGAUGUACUACAAUGGGUGCAAGUACGCCCGCUCCAAGACGGUGCGCAAGUUCCGCUUGUCCGUGAAGAACGAGGAAGCGGAAAUCGAAGAGCGCAUGAACGUUCUGGCAACCAUGUUGAGUCCACUGUACGUCACGGUGGCUCCCCAGGCAUUCCAGAAUCAGGUCCAAUAUGAGCGGGAAGCUCCCGAUUGUCGGCUAGGAUUGAAGCCCGGGAAGCCCUUCUCAGGCGUGACCUGCUGCUUGGAUUUCUGCGCUCACACCCACAGAGAUUUGCACAACAUGCAGGAUGGGUGUACGGUUCAGGUUACUUUGCUGAAACCGCUUCCGCCGGGUGUCAAACCGGACGACGAGCAACUGCACAUUCUCCCGCUGUACACGAUGGACACCACGGACGAGUUCGACAGCGAGGAAGGCCAAAAGAAGAAAGCCGAAACCGGAGCCGUUCAAGUGCUGGAGAAAUUCCCAACCGAAGUUCGAGUGCGAUCCACUCCGCUGCAGCCAUGUCGACGCCACGGCAAAAAGCGGGGCAACGGCAAGGAUGAAAAGGCCAAGGAUGAUUCCAACAAUGAGGAAUCCAUUCCCGAGACACCACCGCCACCUCCUCCGCCAACGAAGAAGGAAAGUAAAUCGAAGAGCAAGAAAGGUUCCUCCAAUAGUUCGUCAACCAGUAAUAAUAGCGGCGGCACCAAUAUUAGCAACAGUAACCAAAAUAGUCAAAGCUCUACAGGUUCCUUAUCGCCGAGAGCGCAAACUCCCGGUAACAACAGCAUAAAGUCUGCUGGAAGCGCUGGCAACGGUAACAACGGCAUUCCGCACGUCAGUAAAGCAGGGCCCAAUCAGGGUCCUCCUGUGGGAAACAAUGGAUCGAACAGUGCAUUCACGCCGCCAAAUGCCAUCAAUUCGCCGAACAAUCCGGGCAACGGGAACAGUACUCUCGUAGAUAUGGCGUCGAUGAUUGACAACUUCACGGAUGCACAGCUUCAAUCAAACCAAAUUUCCAGCACGGUACUAGACUCACCGUAUAGUUAUGACUACAAUACCGGCCAGUACAUCGAUAACCGACAGUAUUACAAUAACUGGCCGACUGAUUACUAUGGGAAUAGGACGGAUCCCAACAAGAUGCUGGGCAGAAACGAAGAAAUCCCUGAUACUACCACGCGACCGGGUAGUAACAGUAGUAAUUCCGCAUUUAGUCCCAGUAUUCCCGAUCCGACGAAAACGCCGACUCCAAUACAUAUGGAUGACUACAGUAGUACUAAGCUGACCCAACAGCAAAGCCAAACUACCUAUCAUACACUUCAGCAACCGGAACAAGGGUUUGUCAAACCGAAACCUCCGGAUUACAACCCAGGAUAUGGUUACCAUCCGAACACUCCCAUGGGUUACGGAUAUCAUCCACCCUACACGCCAUAUGACCCCUACCAAAACUACAACUACGGCUACCCACCUCAGAGCUACCAUCCCACAUAUCACAACAUGUAUCCCACGACUCAAACGCAGCUGCCGGGUACAGGUCCAGCACCUCCGCCACCACCAACCGCGGUCAUACCGGCACCUCCUCCGCCAUCCAACUGGAACCUCUACCCUCCACAUCCGCACCAUCAGACGCACAUCUCACCGGCAGCCCCGACGCAACUGCACCCCACACAUCAGCCCCACCUCGGCGGUCCCAAGCAGCAGGACAUCAUCGCACCGGUCAUGCAGCAACCCGCUCAACCACCUCCGCCACCUCCACCGCCGAAAGAAACCCUCGGCGAGGUGACGGAAACGAACGAGAACCUAGACUGCUUCGAGGAUCCCCAGAUGGGAGGGGUAUCGAUCGCGCUGCCCCACGGAAGCGUAGUGAUCGAGUGUGCCAAGCUGGAAAUGCAUUCGACGACGGCACUGAAGAAGCCAAACCGGCUGAACCCGACCCGGAUGACGUUGAUCUUCUACCAGCAUCGCAAUCUGAACCGACCGAAACACGGCAUCGCCGAAUGGGCGGAGAAGAUGCGGCUGAAAAAGCUGGGUGUCGCCACGAACGAUCCGAUCGACGACAAGGAUAUGCUGCUGAUGCAGGAGGAUGACAUCAAGGCGGAACCGCUGGACGAUCUGCACCACAUGCGGCACAUGGGAGAUGAACACGAUAUGAUGGACGUCGAGUACUCUGGUGUCUAGUGGUGAGAGAAAAAUCUGCCGCCAGGGCGACCACUGGAUGAGCAGAUUAUAAAUACACCACCACGUAACGGUAACAACAAUAACAAUAACUACGGUACACAAUCGACAUCGUCGGCGGCACUGACAACGUCGAUUCCGUUGGCGUCGCAGCCGCUGCUACCGAGCGGAACGAGCUCCCGACCGUUUCAGCAGUCGCAGCUACCACACCAAUGGCUCCCAACUCCGGGGGGACUCCAGGGCCAACCAACAGCAACACACGAUGCAAUGCAUGAUCCUAACCAAUACUACUAUUACUACUACUACUGAGCUACUGGAUGGAUAACCGAGAUAGAUCGAUCGAUCAAGUGAAAUGAUCAGAUCAUAUUAGGAUUCGCGGAUGAUGAAAGAGAAAGAGUGUGUGAGGAUCGUCGAUACGUACGUUCCAGUAUUUUUGAUGGGAGGAAGAAAAGAAGACACAUCAAACCACGUUCAUUGUUUCUUUGACUUGUUCAAAUGUUUAGUUAUUUCCCGUCUUAAGAUGAGAGUAGACGUAGAUUAAUACUACUCUUCUUAAUCGUUAAAUUCUCACGCAAAAAAUCUCUGUUCUAAUUAGUUCUAAUCGUUUAUCAGACCGACAACAACAAGCGCAACACACAUACAUACACUAAUCAUCAUAGAAAAAAUAUCAAAAAUAACUUUUGAACAGAAAUCAAAUAUUUUAGAUGAGAAAAAAUAGCAAAUUUAAAGUAAAUGAAAAGCAAAACAAAGUCUAUAUCGAAGCCAAAAGUACAAAAACAAAUUGUUAACACACACACACACUCUCAACAGAGACAUCCACACAGACCGAAUGAAACUUACAAAUCAAAUUUGGUUGUAUAUUAUCAAAAAUGCGCAUAAAAUACACUCAAAAAUUGCUUCUUUUCUCGCAACUUCAAAAAUACUUACUGUCCGGACCGCCAUUCCUGGCAUUAAUCUCCUUGAUUUUUUGCUGCUUACCACCAAAACUACUUACUAUUGAUGAAACAAUACGAAAGAAAAAAAAACACGAAAUGCGAAUACUGCUCUCGCUCGAAAUUUUCCGGUCGGGGGGAGAACUGUCAAUCUCCUCCCAGCCUGCUGUGCUCCAUUGUGCAAAAUUUGUUUAUGAAAAACAGCUGUUACUUUUUCCUCCUAUAUUUUUUCCUGUAAAUAUUCAAUUCCUUCUUUCCGCAGCGAUCACGCAUAACCUCCUCUCAGUAAGCGUGUGAUCCGUGUGAUCUCUCGUAAGAUCGUUUUAAAGCAAAUUAAUAUUUAAGAGUUUUAUUUUGUCUCUCUCUGUCCCACAAAUCUUGCGCUCGAGAGAAGCGCGAACCGAUUGCGCCUAGAUUAAAUCGUUUUUGAUACUUUCCCUCAUCAUUUCCCAUACAUAUUUUGUACCCUAGUUUGAGUAGGUUUAGUGAAUGAUACGAAUGCGAAUGAAUGUGAAUGUGUGCACAGUUCACAAACAUCCCCACAUUCAAGAAACGAUAAAAAAAUUCAAAGAUGAAAAAGUAUUAAUAUUUUAAUUAGUCUCUAGUUACCUACCUUUUCUUUAUUUGUUUGUUCUUUCUAUUAAGUAGUUUCCUCCUGUGUAGUAGUGUAACGCGUAAACACGCUUUGAUUAUUGAUAGUUUUAAUUUUCUUGUCCCCACUCUCGAAUCAUGAAAUGAAACAUGUAAAAGACAUUAGCCGCGAACAGCAGCAGCCACGUGUUGUUCUUCGCUCUGAAAAAAGGAAAACACCGGACGAGAACGAAAUCAUUAAUUAUUUAAAAAACAACCUUAUUUAACUAUUUAUUGCGAAGUGAAACCUCCCCCACUCACAGAAACGCACACACACGCAAACCGUGUGUGGGUGUGCGCGCGUAUUGAAAGCAGAGUGAAAUGAAGUGAAUCUAUUCAACAACAACUAACGUUAAAACACACAUUCACACACACACACACACACACACACACUUAAGCAUAUAAGUAACGAUUAUUGUCAUUAAAUUAUACAUUAGGUUUAAGCAUCAUUUUUUUUGUGAGCGAGAUCAAUCUCUCGUGGUUUAGUUAUUGUAAACAAAAAAACGGAAAAGAACAAUUGUCGCAACACAUUUGUGCGCACGCGAAUAUUUUUUGGCCAUAUGGAGUGCGAAAGCAGCAGCAGCAGCCCAACAGGAACGAAAUGAGAAGAUUCUGUUGGUUUUUCCCCUUUUUCUCUGAACCUUCGUUUUUUGAACUCUGCUCUGUAGAAACAAGACAAAACCCAUUAAUAAUAGAUGUAAAAACAAAACAAAAAAAAACGCAAGCGUAGAAAUGUUAUUCAAUCAGCAUAUUGAAAAAUUAAACAAAAAUAAUGAUGACCGAGAGAGAGGAGAAUGGGCGCGAAAAGACGUCAUAAGCUGUAAGGUAGGAGAAGAUAAAUUUGCCAUAUUGAUUAAAAAACUUAAACACGUAAAGCAUGCGUAAAAGUAGUGAAUACUCAAACGAUGAAAUACAUGGAAAAUUAUUUUAAACAGUAAAUAACGGAAGAAUAAACUACAGUUUUUUUAAGCAA